CGCAUAGCCAUUAAAUUUGGCGGAGGCAGCAACUCCUCAUCGGCAGCGAAGCCGUCCCGAUCGAAGCCGCCGUCGAGUCUAGGGAAGCGACCGCACUCUCACGCCCUGGGGGGCGAUUCCGACUCGGAUUCCGAAGACGAUCGCCGCCGAGGACGACAUGAAGCAAUCACAGGGUUUGGCGCAGAUGGCGCAGAGACAAAGCGAAAGCGGCAAAAGGAGGAGAAGAAGGUGUACGUUAUCGAGCGACAAUCGAAUCGAAGCUGGAAGGAUGAAGUGAGGAGCCACAGACAGUCGAAGAAUCUACUCCCAGCCGAAGCCAGAGCCCAACAGAAUGCUGUCACCGCCGAGACCGAGCCGGCCAGUCAAGAUACAUCUCUUAAAUGGGGAUUGACAAUCAAAGAGAAGAAGCCUGCAUCGGAGGAUCAAGCUCCCGCAGAGUCGAACGCACAGGCCAGCGACGACGAAAUGCGAGAAGCAAGCAGCGGCGAAGGCGAAGGCGAUGCUGCACCAGCGGAACGAACGGCCGAUGACGAGGCUAUGGAUGCUCUCCUUGGAAAAACAACUGAAGACAAAAAGAUCAUUACCGCAGGGCAACCAACGGAAGACGAUGCCUACCGCCGCGAUGUCGAAUCCUCCGGCGCAGUAUCCAGCCUCCAAGAUUACGAAGACAUGCCUGUUGAAGAGUUUGGCGCCGCACUGCUCCGCGGCAUGGGUUGGAACGGCGAGAAUCGUGGUCCCAAAGUCAAACAAGUCAAGAGACGACAGAAUCGCCUCGGCCUUGGUGCCAAGGAGCUCAAAGAAGAGGAGGAACUCGGCGGAUGGAACCAGAUCGGCAAGAAGAAGUCCAGGCCGCGACUAGAUGAUUACAGGAGGGAAGAGAGCAAACGCAAGGAGAGUCGACGACAUGAGGACAGCUACAAACGAGAAAGGGAGCGCGAACGU